UGGAAAAAAAUUAAAAAGAAAAAAACAAACAGGAAGAGGAAUUUGAUGUCCCGCUUCCUUUCGGAUGUAUAAAAGCCGGAAUUUGUCUAGCUCUACUGUUAACAGCAAGAAAGCUGUCGUUAUGGCGUCCGCUGUACCUAUUAAGAUUGGAAUAAUCGGGGGUUCAGGUCUUGAUGAUCCAGAUAUCUUGGAGGGAAGAACUGAGCGCUAUGUUGAAACACCAUAUGGGAAGCCAUCAGAUGCCCUGAUAUUGGGGAAAAUAAAAAAUGUGGACUGUGUUCUCCUAGCAAGGCACGGGAGACAACACACCAUAAUGCCAUCCAAUGUCAACUAUCGAGCCAACAUUUGGGCCCUGAGAGAAGAAGGCUGUACACAUCUGCUGGUUACCACUGCCUGUGGCUCUCUCCGGGAGGAGAUCCAGCCAGGAGAUAUUGUCAUCAUAGAUCAGUUCAUUGACAG